AUGCAUCUCAAUCCCCUUCACGGCUCCUUUUGUGGUCAAUGCUGCUGCCGCCUCCUCGCAGGUGUGGGACUUCUCCUCCGCAGCCGCCUCCUUGUCGCUGUCGCUGCCCGGGUUCGCAGCGGGGGGCCGCGACGGGGCGGGGUCGCGCAGGAUCGCCUCGCUCACAAGCCUCGGGUUCACGUCCAGGGUCGACUCAGGCGCCACCCCGCAGACGCGUUGGAUGCUGCUCUGCAGCUUCUCCAGCCCCGCCAGGUAGCGCUCCUGCAGCGGCGGCACCAUCAUCAUCACCGCCGCCUUUGGCGGCCGCGCAAACAACUUCUCCACAAACGACUCCGCGAAGGGCACAAAGUCCUCCGUGUGCAGGAACUCCAGGACGUCGAACUGAUCCAUCGACUGUGGCUCCACACGAAAGCCGGUGACCUGGAAGUGUCGUUGGGUGCCGGUCUUGACGAAGUAGGCAUCCCGGGAGGAGCACCACCGCCACGACAUGCGGCAUUUUACCCGCCUGGCGUGCUGAAAGUCUACGAGGGCCACGAAGUUUACAUCAUCGCCCCGGCUCCUAAGCAUGACCGUGUCGCGGGGGAUGUGCACAACCUUACCGAAACGUUUGCAGAGGCAGCGCGCCAUGGCCCGAAUCAGGCCACGCUCCACCUCCGCCAGCAAAUCCGGGUGAAACAGGCUCAUAAGUGGUUUAUCGUAGCCCGCGCUCGCGUCGUCUGUUAG